CGCCAUGGCGAUGCACACCAUGGCAGCAGCUCUUGCUCUCUGUCUCUUUGCAGCUGCCGCCACAUGCGCCGGUGCUCAGCCGCCGCCGCCGCCGCCACCACCACAAACCAACGACAUCUCCUCCUGCCUCCUCUCCAACGGCGUCAGCAACUUCUCCCUCCCGUCGUCCCCGAGCUACACGCCGCUCCUCGACUCCUCCAUCAGGAACCUCCGCUUCGAGCUCCCGGGCGUCGGCAAGCCGGCCGCCGUCAUCCUCCCGGCCUCCAAGCGCGACCUCCGGCGCGCCGUCCUGUGCGCGCGCGGCGCCUCGCUGGCGAUCCGCGUGCGCAGCGGCGGCCACAGCUACGAGGGCCUCUCGUACACCACGGAGAACCGCGUCCCCUUCGCGGUGAUCGACCUCGCCAACCUGAACCGCGUCCGCGUCGACCCGGGCUCCGCCACGGCCUGGGCCGAGUCCGGCGCGACGCUCGGCGAGGUGUACCGCGCGGUGGGGCUGUCGAGCCGGAACCUCGCGCUCUCGGCCGGGUCGUGCGCGACGAUCGGCGUGGGCGGGCACGCCGCCGGCGGCGGGUUCGGCCUGCUAUCGAGGAAGCACGGGCUCGCCGCCGACAACGUCCUGGACGCCGUCCUCAUCGACCCGAGCGGCAACACGCUGACCCGUGAGACCAUGGACGACGACGUGUUCUGGGCCAUCCGGGGCGGCGGCGGCGGGAGCUGGGGCGUGGUGUACGCGUGGAAGCUCCGGCUCGUUCCCGUGCCGGACAACAUCACCGUGUUCAGCGUCAGCCGGACCGGUCCGGUCGAGCUCAUCGCCGGCUUGAUGCACCGGUGGCAGUACGUCGGGCCCAGUCUUCCUGACGAGUUCUACCUCUCGACGUACAUUCCGACGAGGUCAUCGAAUGGUAACCUCUCCAUGUCAUUCACUGGCCAAGUUCUUGGGCCAAAGCAUCUCGCCAUGUCAGUGCUGAAUCAGACCUUCCCCGAGCUGGGCCUCGCCGAGUCGGAGCUGUCCGAGGUGAGCUGGCUCGAGUCGGCGGUGAAGUUCGCCGGCCUCAGCUCGGUCGCCGACCUCACCAGCCGGCAGAUCGGGGUGGGGGAAUACGCCAAGAGGAAGUCCGACUACGUGCAGGCACCAAUCUCCAUGCAAGGCACGAUCAAGAUCCUCCAACGCAUGUCGACCGGGCCGCAGGGGUCGAUCCAGCUGGACCCCUACGGCGGGGCCAUGGCGCGGAUAGGGAGCGCCGCGACACCUUUCCCUCACCGAGCUGGGUACCUGUACAGCAUCCAGUACGCCGUCUCCUGGAACGCGUCGGAUCUCGACCGUGCGGAAGAGCACAUCGGAUGGCUCCGGUCGUUCUACGGGUUCAUGGCGCCCUUCGUGUCCAAGAACCCUAGAGGCGCGUACGUCAACUACUUGGACCUCGACUUGGGAACCAACGAUUGGGCGAACGCGACCGGCGGAGCGUCCAGUAAGUCCGUGGCCCGCGCGGCAUCAUGGGGCGAGCGCUAUUUCUUCACGAACUUUGACCGGCUGGUUCGGGCCAAGUCUAAGGUCGACCCUGAAAAUGUGUUCAACAACGCACAAAGCAUUCCUCCUCUACGUUAUGAUAGAGAGCACUAAAUAAAUCUAUAAUGGCAUGUAACUACCAACGGUAAAUGAAUGGAUGAUUUACUGUUUGGAGGCGUAACAUUUUGGUCUCCAAGACU